AAAAAAGUUGAAUAGGCACCAGUUAACCGGUGUCCCAAAAUUUCGAGUAUAAACCCCUUUGCUCUCCGCCUCUUUUCGUUCUCCGAUCUCCUCUCUCAUCUGUUCUCCUCUCUCCUCUCUUUUCCCUUUUCUCUGUACUCCUCUCUCUUCUCUGUAAUCUGUUCUUUAUCCUCUCUCCUCUCUUCGUUUUCUUUUCUCACGAAUUGCUAGACUCUCUCUUCUGCUCGAUUAUCUGUUGAGUAAUCACCCAAAUCGAAAGUUUCAGGAAAGGGAAAUCAGCUAAAACGGAAACACAGAUUCAGGGGGCAUAAAGGAGGAAAGAAAACAAACAAAAGAGUAGAAAAUUACAACAGCUAAAACAAGCAUGAAGAUUGAUGAUUUUCACAAAUUACCUGUUAUUUUUGUAAUUAUUCCGGUGGGAUUAAUUUUCCUUCUUUCAGGCCUCAUUAUUAAUCUCAUUCAGGCUAUUCUUUAUGUCUUAGUUCGACCCUUGUCAAAAGAUAUGUAUCGGAAAUUUAACAAAGUAGUAACAGAACUAUUAUGGUUGGAGACUGUUUGGCUCUUUGAUUGGUGGGCUGGCGUGAAGGUGCCUCGGAGACUGUAUACUUUGGAUGAAUUAAAGCUGACUGGAAUUGAAGCUGCUUCUCUCUUGUCGCCUGUGGACACGACUCUUGGUUCAAUUGAAAGGAACCUGCAGAUUGCUGCGGUUUUAGGUGGUGUUGCUGCUUGGAACGCCUUUGAACUUAGCCCCCAGCAACUCUUUUAUAUCUCUUUGGGAUUGUUGUUCUUGUGGACAUUGGAUCUGAUUUCUUUUGGUGGAGGAAUUGUCGGCUUAGCUCUUGAUACGAUUGGCCAUACCAUCAGUCAAAAGUACCACAACCGGGUUAUUCAACAUGAAGCUGGACACUUUUUGAUUGCCUACUUGCUUGGCAUCCUUCCAAAAAGUUAUACACUUUCAAGUUUAGAAGCUUUGAGCAAAGAAGGGUCUCUCAAUGUUCAAGCAGGAACAUAUUUUGUUGACUUUGAGUUUGUCGAGGAAACCAACACAGGGAAAAUGUCAUCUACGUUGGAUGGCAUGCUCAAGAGCUUGGGGUUCACACAGAAGAAAGCGGAUUCACAGUUGAGAUGGGCGGUCCUGAAUACUAUCCUCUUCUUACGCCGCCAUGAAGAAGCUCGAGCGAAACUUGCUGAUGCCAUGUCUAACAGGAUGUCUGUUGGCUCUUGCAUCAAUGUUAUUGAGGAAGCUGUUGAUGCUGAAGACUUGGUACAAAAUUUGUGACUUUGUGCUUACUUUGCGGGUUACAUGCACUUACAUUAGCAGCCUUCAUGCCCAGGAAAUUCUUUCUUGCGAUGGUAUUUUCUUUUAAAUUUGCUUGUUAUAUAUUUACCUCUCUAGCAUGUUAAAAUAAAAACCAUUCUCAACAAAAAAAAUACACGCUUUCUUCAUUUUCUCUUCCCCUGAUCACUGAUGAAUCAAUCUUAUUUGGUAGUUCAUGUUUCGUCACCUUACUCUCCUUAAUACUUUGUACUUAGAGCUCUUGCGAUGGCCCUUUUUUAUAUUUCAUGUUUCCCAUUGAUUAUUUGCAUCCAAAAAAUCAAGCUUUAGUUAAAAAUAUUUGGAUUCAAUGGUGAGAUCAAGGGCUCAAGUAUUCUCAAUGGCAAUUAUAUUUGCUGCUACAAUUUGCAAUGGUGAUCGUGGUGCUCUUGAACUCAAGACAGAGGUAAUAAUCUAUAAUUAUAUAGGUGAGGGAAUUGACCUUACUUUACACUGCAAAUCCAAGGAUGACGAUCUUGGAGAAAAAGUGGUUAUCAGUAUUUUUUUGAGUCAUUAAUGAACCACUUUGAGGAGGUUAUCAGUAUUUUUUCUGUUUUUAUUUCCUCUUUUGGGUACGAACUUGUGUGAGCAUAAAAUAUAAAUUUUGCUACAAGAUUGUGAUCACUUGUUCUAAGCAAUUGUUUCUCUUCUUUCAUUCUUCUUUCUGCUAUCUUUUGAACUUUCUUGUAUAAUUGUUUGGUGAAUUAUUAGUUAAUGAAAAAUGCAUGUCUGAGGUACUAUGAGCGUUUUUCUUUUGAAUUUAUGAAAGCAAUUUUGCUGCUGAUUGUUUCUUAAUUGCUUGAACUUCUGGAACAGCGGAAAUCAAAAGGAAAUGUUCUCUCAGUUUAUAGGAACAAACCAGCAUCCUGUUGUAACUUAUCACAAGAGAAGAGAGAGACAGCACGAGCAACCAAUGCUACUUACUGCCACAGAACAGCAGCAAAGUGACGAUGAGUUACAACACACUGGUUUCAUGGAGCUUCUUAUGGGAAAUGAAUCACCGUUGGCCAAUGGGCGUAGAUCUCCAUUAUGACAGUGGGUGUAGAUCUCCAUUAUGACCAGGGCAGAAACAUAGCCACAGCCACCAGCACAAGACCAGGACAGCUAGUUAAUUAAAUGAAAUGCAAGAAAGGUCGAUCAGAGAUAAGUCGGGAUUAUUUAAUUUUUUUUGGAGGAAAAUUGUAAUAUUACAGCCUUUUUUAAUGAAAAUUUGUAACUUUAUAUAUAUGUUAA